AUGCAAUGUUGGCGUUGCUGUAAUGCUUUUGAUCUGAGAAAGUCAAGUAUCUCUAAGAUAGAAAGAGAGUCUGGAGUAAAAUUUGAACCUGUAUCUGCUCCUCAACCUGCUGAUAUUGCCAAAUCUGUUGGUGUAGAAGCUACAGAAUCAAUCACUCAAGUUUCGGAUAAGGUAAUUCCUGCAUUCAAAUCUACUGCUGAGGAGUUCUUAAAUACCUCUGAUCUAUCAGCCGUUGAGUUACUUGCAAUGGCACUUGUAAAGGCUUUUGGUUAUACUGAGAUGAAGAGUAGAUCAUUUCUCACCACCCUGGAAAACCUUGUGACUGUAUUCCUUGAGGCUAGGAAACCAAUCUACAUACCAUCUUUUGCAUAUGGGGUGUUGAGAAGAUUCUUACCUAAGGAAAAGGUUGGAUCAAUUCAGGGCCUUGCUUUCACUACUGAUGGAAAUGGUGCAGUGUUUGAUGUAGCAACUGAAAGCUCCUGGAUGCAGUUAGAUAGAGGUGGAUAA